AAAUAAUUUGUAUAAUGUUGAAUCGCAUUCUCUUUUUAAAGAGCAUGCGUUAACUAUACAUAUAUAUAUAUAUGUACGUUUGUAUGUAUAUGUAAUACCAGGUAGUACAUAUGUAUAUAGCUUGUCCAACGAGACAUGGCAGUAGAUGUAAACGGUUGCAGUCACGGUAAUCAAAAUUUUGUUUACGUUUACUGCUUCGUCUCGUUAGCGUCAAAGCAAGCUGUCAAAUACUCUAAAAACGUUCACUGAAUUCCUAAAGUUAAGAGUUGUGUUUUCGGAUUCUAAGCAUUGAAAGCUAUCAAAUGGUGUUGCGUGGUCGUUCAGACACUUGAGGAAUUUCAGACUGGAUCGUUGCCCGUGGAGUGCUAAAAUCGAUUAUGGAUUCGAAUGGUGAACAAUUAAUAUCUUGUACAAAAUGGGGAUCUGUCGAUGGUCAAAGCAUUGAGAAGUACACUUUAAAAAAUAAGGCGGGUCAGGAGGUGGACAUCGUAACGUACGGCGCAACAAUAACAUCUAUUAGAACUCCAGACAAAGAUGGAAGAAUAGCAGACGUCGUUUUAGGUUUCGAUAAAGUAGAAGAUUACUUGUCCACGGUUUAUAAACCGUAUUUUGGUGCGACGAUAGGAAGAGUCGCGAACCGUAUAAAAAAUGGAGAAUUCACAUUGAACGGGAAAAAGUAUCAUUUAGCUAAGAAUGCAGGACAAAAUAGUCUUCACGGUGGCUUUAAAGGAUGGAGUUCGAAAAUAUGGAAUGCCGCUAUUCAGUAUAACCAGCUUGUACUUUCUUUGCUAAGCGAGGACGGUGACGAAGGUUAUCCUGGAGAUGCAAUAGCUUCGGUCACUUUUCAAUUAACCAUCGAUGGAGAGUUACGCAUCGAGAUGAAAGUUUUCGUCACCAAAGCUACUCCUAUUAACUUGACUAAUCAUAGUUACUUCAAUCUAGCUGGUCAUAAUGGUAACGCAAGCGAACUAUACAAACAUCAGUUUACUUUAAAUGCGGAUCAUUGGACAGUCACUGACACAGAAAGUAUUCCUACUGGAGAAAUACGAUCGGUCCUCGGUACCGUGAUGGACUUGAGAAACUCAACCAUACUCGGAGAUGUCAUUGACAAAGUACCAGGUGGUGGAUACGAUUAUAAUUUUUGUUUAAGAGUAAACGAUACCGCAAACGAAAGAAACCUCGUUGCCAAAGUUUUACAUCCUACUUCUGGAAGAUAUUUACAAGUUUUUUCGAAUCAGCCUGGAGUGCAAUUUUAUACAGCCAACUUUUUACCCGAACGCCAGACCCCGGGUAUUAGGGGGAAAAACGGAACCACAUACUUCAAACAUGGUGCAUUCUGUUUAGAAACACAAAAUUAUCCGGAUGCAGUCAAUCAAAAAAAUUUUCCAAAUAGCAUACUUGAACCUGGACAGCUUUAUCGUCAUACUGUUAUAUACAAGUUUGGAGUAGUAGCAUAAGAAAUACUUAUUCUCUGUAUAUGAUACAAUUGUAUUUUGACUAUUAUGUUCUAAUCAUUGGAAUAAAAGUAUGUUAUGCAUUA